AUGGGCUUAGAUCGCAAUUUUCUUCUUGUCGGUCCGGAUAUAGACGGCGAUGAGGCCUACGGCAUGGAUCCUGUCAUCAUCAAUGGUCGACAGAUACAUGGAAUAAACCACAAGUUGCACCCGGACGUUACAAGACUUAGCAACCAGAAACCAUCAGGGCUAUCCAUUUCCUCUGAUCUUCGGCCAAGAGCCAUCUCUGCGAAAGUCGACGUGUCCAUCGUGAAGCAGUGGUUGGAGGGUUGCCAGACAUCCCAUGGCUGGUGCCCGGGCGAGCUCGAGUUGGAUGAAUGCCCCCCCGACAUGAGGCUCAUUGACUGCCAGAGCAGGAUAGUCAUAGACGCCAAGAACAUUGACCAGGCCGAUCUACCAUUCGCAUUCCAUCCCCCAAUGCAAUCGGACGCACGUCUCCCCGCUGGUCUGCCACAAGCUAUCGAGGACGCGAUUAGAGUUACCCUGGCCACUGGGUAUCGCUAUCUUUGGGUUGACCAAUAUUGCAUCGAUCAAGAUGACACCGUGCAUAAAGCCCAACAGAUCAAGAUAAUGGAUCAGAUUUACAGCACCGCAGCUUGGACAAUUGUCGACGGCGCCGGUGGAGAUGCCAACUAUGGUCUCGUCGGAAUCAGUCGUCCCCGCUCAGAAGAUCUGGGCCCAGUUCGUACGAAACACGGAGUCGAAGUAUUUCACUGGCCAUCCCACUCGGCACAGAUAUUGAACGAGUCGAAGUGGGCUACUCGGGCCUGGACAUAUCAGGAAGCAUUCUUUUCCAGGCGCAUCGUCAUAUUCACUGCGACAGGCCUGUACUUCGAAUGUCAGAAAACCUACGAGAACGAUGGACUAAUUCAACGUCUGGACAUCUCUAUGCGGGAAGGGUACUUCGCAGACUCCGUGAUCGACAACAGAGCUAAUGCUGGCCGUUUAUUUCCAAGGUACAACUAUGGGCCGUUGACGCGAUCACUGCAGAAUUGGCUGACAACGGAUGGAGAUGACACAAUCAAAGGUGGGGGCAAGCUCCACGACUUCUGGCGCAGAGUGGAAGAAUAUACCAGUCGUCAGAUGACAUUCCCAGACGACUCGGCCGCCGCCUUUCGCGGUGUCCUGCAAUUUUACGUACGCCAUGACCUGACACAUCACGGGAGAAUGCCCCUCUCCAGCGUGUGCGGGAUACCUUUCCCGACCCCGCCGCCAACUUCAAGAACGGCAGUAUCUCAGGAGUUGUCACUGGGCCUCUGCUGGAGCCAUGUGCAUGGAAGCAUGAGCCGCAGAAGACCGUCGUUCCCGUCGUGGUCUUGGGCGGGAUGGCUGGGCCAAGCCCGUGGCGGCAGCGACGAGCGGCUCGAGUCUCUGCUAUGGGACAUAUCCUUCGAGGCGGUCGAUAACGAUGGGCCACGUAUCCGGAAACCGUGGUAUGACAUCGCAUGUCGAGACUCUGAGGUCCUUGUACUCGAAGGUAACGUCCUGCCACAGGAUGCACUUUCAAUAACAGAGAACAGCCAAUUGGACGCAUCCGGACUGGGCUCUCAUGGCAGGUUCGAUUUGGAUGAAGACAUUCGAUAUGAAUUUAUUCUCCACGGUCUGCGUGAACGUUAA